AUGGAUUUCAAGAGUUCCUUAUUUUCGAAUCCUGAAAAUUUGCCAGUGGAAAAUGUUAUGAUAUCUGUCUCCAACGCAGGCGUUAUUCAGAAAAUUAAAGCAUUGGAUCCAUAUUGGGUAGAGAAGAGAGAUUUUAUUCUAUAUGAGAGACCACCAACUGGUAGUGCAUUAGUUAUAGGAGCAGUAGACACAUGGCGAUCCAAAAUAUCAGUAUAUUUAGAGAAUUUAAAGUGGCUUUUAAGUUUAGAAUAUCACAGAUUUUGGAGCACAGCAUUAUAUCAUCCACAAUGUAUGGAUGCUGUAAUAUCAUUUCUACAGGAAUCAAAUCCCCCAUACAUUCCACCACAUGAAUGUAAAGAGGUUCAAAAUCUGUAUGAGGAAGUGAGGAGGAUGGUGAUCAUUGUGUUUAGUAGGCUAGUUACCAACAAAGAGAGUAAGACACAAUGGAUGACAAAGGAACAUAUGGCUAGUCUAAUAUACGACAAUUUUAUAUUUACAAUACCAGUCCUGUGGGAUAUAUGUCUCGCUUAUGGGGCUGACAACAGCAAACAUGUUUCAAGACUCAUCGAGGCUGUGUAUACAUUGCAAAAUCGAUAUGAAGCUGAUACCGCACAAGCUCUGGUAUUUGUUCAUGAGGCUUUCAAAUACAUAAUCCUUCAAGUGAACAAGGACUAUGAGAGUGAAGGCCCACCCAAUUUGCCUGAGACUUUCAAAGGCUUUAGUGAGAUCAGGAGGCCAACAAACUCAAAGGCCCCGGAAAAGAUAACAUUUAGCAUUCUCAGAGAUCUGGUAGUACAUUUGCUAGACACUGCUAUGACCCUGAGGAUAUUUGUUGAAGUGUACCCUAAUGGUGUGCAUAUACUGAGGAGUACAAACUUUGUCUUAAGUAUAGUCCAAGUCUAUGAAUAUGGUAUUCCUCAUCUGUAUGAGAAAUUAGAAGAAAUUGGGGACCAAACCAGCGUGACAUACACAGAGGUGGAAGGUUACAUUGAUCUUGCCAGAUCUGAGUUCAUAGAUGUCUUUAGAGAAAUUCUGGCAGUUUAUAAGAAUGGAAUAUUUAGUGGGGAGGGCAAUAUUUUGAACAGUGUGGAAUCAUAUCUAUCGGUGAUGAUGGAUGCCCUGUCUGAACGCUUAUUGAUUAGGGACUACCACUCGUGUUACCCAGUACACGAUGACAUUGAUAUGCUGAGACAGGCUUGUCCUGACAUUGAUACAGUUAAAACCGACUUCAUCCUUCAAGCAAUAUACUCCAACUUUGAUGAAGGAGUUCCCGAACGAGAACACAGGACAACUAAUAAUGACAUGAAUGGACACAUUGAAGCCACAGAUACACAGAGUUUCCCUCCAGAAGAUAUGCCGGAUGAUGUACGAGAACAGUCCUUGAUCAGCGAAGUUAAAGAUAUCUUACCACAUCUUGGAGAUGGGUUUAUUCUAAAAUGUCUGGAACACUAUGAUUUUCAAGUGGAUAGGGUGGUUAAUAGUAUACUAGAAGAUACCUUAGCAGAUUCCUUAAGAAAAAUAGACAAAGAUCUCCCAAUAAUACCAGAAGAUGCCGUAGACAAGAAGUUCCUAGAGACCGGUGUGGAAAGACUAAACAUCUUUGAUGGUGACCAAUUCGAUAUAAUGACCAGAGACGAUGUGGACCUCAGUAAGAUCCAUGUUGGCAAGAAACGGUCCAAGUACAAGGACCUAAAGGACAUGCUAGACGACAAGACAGAAGUGAGGAAUAUGGGAGAUAUUUAUAGCAAAUAUAAUCUUGUCUGUGAUGAAGAGGCGUUAUAUUCGGAUGAAUAUGAUGACACUUAUGACUCGGAUGGAGUAGCGCCUACCACCGACUUAGGGGAUGACCCCCGACGACCAUUUGUGACUCCGCGCGCUUUGCAGACUACGAGAAGAGAAUAUGAUGAGUCUGACGAAUCGGAGGAAGAGAGACCCAGUGGGAGUCAAGAGAAGAGUGAAAGAGAUAGAAGAGACUUUUGUGUUAAUCCCGAGGAAAUUCGUGCGCGAAGAGAGGCUAAUAUGAGUGCUAGAGGAAGGCGGACCAAACCAGCGGCUAUUAGAAAUACGGAUGUGGCAGGAGCACCUAAAGGUCACGGUCAGACUAAAGAAGUGCUCCAAAAUAGGGAGCGAAAAGAGAAACACAAGUCUUCACGCGGUAACCACAACCGUCGCCAGGGCGCACAGUGGAAGAGAAGCCAGGGAAUGAUGCCGUCCUAA